AUGCACAUGAUCAAGGCAAUCUUUUUCGAUUUCUAUAACACGCUCGUCCGUUUCUGGCCGCCGCUGCCUCAGAUUCAGCAUGCGGCGUGUCAAAAUCUGGGAAUACGCGUUCCUGCCGAAAACCUGGCCCGUGGUUACGCGAUUGCCGACCUCUACUUCAACGAGGAGAACCAUCUCCAGCCGUUGGGAGAACGCACCACCGAGGACCGCGCCAAGUUUUUCGCCCGGUAUGAGCAAAUCAUUCUGGACGAAGCUGGGGUCAGCGUCACCUUGCGAAUGGCCAAAGAAAUUUGGGACAUGGCGAUUGCGGUUCCAAAGGAAUUGGUUGAAUUCGAAGACACCCGACCGGUGCUGGCGGAACUAAAGGGGCGCGGGUACCGCAUGGCCGUCCUGACCAAUCUUCGCCGCGACAUGUACGAGCUGACCCACCGGUUGGGCAUCCAGGAUUACCUGGAGUUCACCAUCACCGGAGGCGAAGUGGCGCAGAAACCGGCCACCGCGAUUUUCGAAGCCGCAUUGAGACGCAUGGCGAUCGCUCCGGAACAGGCGAUGCACGUAGGUGAUCAACCACGGUCCGAUGUUCAGGGCGCGCGCGACGCCGGCUUAUAUCCGGUGCUCAUCGACCGGGGCGGAUAUCACCCCAACGUAACCGGCUGCGACCACAUCGAAAACCUGGAAGGACUGUAUCCGCUGCUGGCCAGGUUGGACGAAUAG